AUCGGAAAGAUUGCCAGACUAGACUGUUGACGAAAACAGCUGUUUAAUAUUGUAGUUGUGUGCAUCAGGAGACGCGUCGUUUACCUCGAGCUCAAUUUUACAAUAUUGCUCUCGUUCAGUUAAAACUAAGUUAUAUUUUCUUUUGUUCGGGCUAUCUUGUGGUUACCAGAAAAGAUAUUCGCUGGCUCAUUAAUAAUAAAGAGAUUUAGUUAGUGUUGAAAUGCUGCUGCCAAAACACGUCUCCGUCUUUGGACCAUACCCUUGACAGCGACUGCCAAUGCGCCAUCGGGACGGAUUCGGGUUAAAAUGCCGAAGGGAUCCGCGGCUAUUCCCAAGCGUCGGACGCGAGGAGCGAUGAACCAGCCAGUGCUUGGGACAAACGAUCGCAUCGAUUUGAAACCGGAAGAGGAACAGGAUAAUAUUCUCAGUAUGGACGGAUACGAAUUUGCCAAUCUGACGGGGUAUGACUCUGUGAUGAGUCUCGACUCGAGUCCAGAUGGCAGCUUCGUGGAAGUUACCAUCGACCCCACCACUAACGCGACAGCCACGGCAGCUGGUACCUCGUCCAGGGACACCGCUACCACUUGUGACACUAGUAGCCCCAAAGAUAGCAGAAAACCACUAGACAGAUUUUUGGAGCAGCGACAGCUGAUCAAGGCGGUGCGCAAACGACGAGUCCUCUAUGAUAGCAAGAGUCCGCGCUUCCAGGACAGGGAAUUCAAGAAUAAAGUGUGGCGUAGCAUUGCCAGACGCCUAUCCAUGGAGGUGGAAGACUGCGUUGAUAUGUGGACCGAGCUGCGCUUCAAAUUCCAGUGCCAUAAGCGUGACAUGUACAACUAUAAGCGGAAAAUUGUCCAGCGUCGUCCGCCCGGCAGGCGCCCCUUUAUGUUGCACGAGGAGGAGAUGCUGUUCCUGUACCCGCACGUGGCCAGCGAUUCGUUGCAGCGGGAGCAGAGCGUAGCGAAGUCUGUCAGCGCUCCAGAGACAGAGUACCCCGUUUUGCCGGUGUAUACCACACAGCCAGUGGCCAUUAUCGAUUUGGAUCUGGACGGGGACAGUUUCCGGAUAACGCGCGAUAUACGUCAGCUAAUCCGUGCCGUAAAGGCCUAUCCCCAACUGUACGAUACGGCCAAUUCCAGCUACAACGAUUACCGCCAUCGCGGCCUCAUCUGGGGCGCCAUAUCCAAUGAGCUGCGGGAAAAGGCCACCAAACUGAUGAAAUCCUGGCUCGUGCUGCAGACGCGCUACGAGUGGGAGGUGAACCAGGGUCCUGAUGCUGCCUCCGAGCUGAUGAAAUUGAUGAUUUUCUUAAUACCGCACAUGCCCCAGAUGAAAGAUUCGGUUUACAAGACUUCUCAGUACCUGGCAACUGCCUGGCACGAUCCCAUCGAACAGUUUCGCAGUGUGAUGUCUCUGAUCAAUAUGGUGAAGAGCAAUCCAGAGCUGGUCCAGCUCACCGAUGAGCAUCUGCACCACAAGGCAAAGCCUUUGGCAUAUCACGAGCUCUGGCAGAAGGUCGCUACCCAAGUGAACACCACACCCCAACGCUGUGAGGUCACCUGGCUGGUGUUGCGCUCCUUUCACAGCGAACUGGUUGAGAUGCGGCUGGCCGGCUAUAAGCUGCAGGAUAAAUGGUUCUUCGAGAGUACCAUCACCUCGAUAUACAGGACGGUUGUGGAGCGCGCCGUAAACCGCGAGGGCCAGAAGAAGAACAUUGGCCGCGAUCCGAAUACGCGAUCGCCCAUGGCCACUGUGGCCCUGCUGGACAGUAUGACGGACGAUACACAAAAAACAGAAAAGCCAGCACCACGUAUGCCGCUGGCUAUUGUCUAUCCGUCCGCUGCUGUAAAAGCCGUUUUUCAGAAUCCCACCCAAACCAUUGGCUCCAGUAGCAGCAGCAGCAGCAGCAGCAGCAGCAGCAGCAACAGCAGCAGCAGCACCAUCACCAUCACCACCACUAAAACCCCUACAAACCUAAGCAUCAGCUCAGUCAGCAGCAGUAGCAGCAGCAGCAGCCCCAUCACCACCACCAGCACCAGCACCACCACAAUGGCCACAGCCUCUAUAGCCACAGCCACAAGUUCAGUGAGCACUUCCUGCCCCCCAAGCACCGGGAAGGAUGGCUUGAAGUGCGUGAACGUCUCGAAAACGAAGGUGUCCAUUCCGUCGGUUAAGAUGCCACCAAGGACUGUACAGGCUGUACAGGAUGGGAGUCCAGGGUCCAAAGUACUUGUGGUUUGUCGCAGUCUGCCGAUGCCGUCUCAAGCACCCGGAUAUGGGAUACGAUCUGGACCUGCUCCUGCUUCCGCUACUCCUGCUUCCGCUGCUCCUGCUCCUGCUUCCGCUGCUCCUGCUCCUGCUCCUGCUUCCGCUGCUCCUGCUCCUGCUGAUGAUUCUCCUCCUGCGUCUCCUGCGUCUCCUGCUACUGCUUCUCCUCCUGCUGCUGCAAUUAGCUUGCCAUUAACAAAUCCGGCUGAUGUUGCCGGUCCACCAAAAAAUGGAAAAAGUACAGGUACCCUGACAGCGGCGACAUCGACUAGUCCAAAAAAAGAAGCAGCAGCUUCAAGCGGAGCCUUGAAAAGAAAGCGACCGUCGACCAGUGACAAUGGCAGCAGCAGCAUCGAUAGUAUUGGCAGCCAAUCCUCGGCGAGCGAAAACGAAUCGGAAUCCGCAUCGGAGUCGAGUGAUGUGCAAUUGCCGGCAAUAGCAAACACCCGCCUGCAAAUGCAGAUCAUUAGCAACAUUAAAGUGGAUUUUGAGGAGGAUUCGGUAGUUGGCCACUUGCUGCGUAUCUAUGGCGGGGCCCUGACCACCCGCUACACGAUGAAUAUGGCGCGUGUCGGCUCACUCAUUCGAGAGGUGAUGGGAAUACCGAUCCUGCACAGCAGCCAUCCGAAGUUGGCGAACAGGAAAUCCGAAUUUUGGGGCAGUGUGGCCAGGAAAUUCUACAUGCCAGCCGAUGCCUGUCGCGCCCUUUGGAAAUUCCUGAGCGAAAACAUCAGCCUGUUCCCGGCGAUCGCGCCCAUGCCGGAACUGAUGGGCCCCCACAAGAGCUCCCACAAGAAUUGGGAGAAAUCCAAUCGCCUAUUCAGAAAAUUCGAAGAGGUUGCCCGCAAGAAUGAAUGGAGUAAGGUCAAGGACCAGCUGCCCCUACUCAUGAUGCACUUCCGCAUGUACGAGCAUCUGUACUGGGACAUGCGUAGGCCGCGGCCCGGCGAGACGCCUCAACCGCCACCCGACUGCACCCAAGAGGAGCGCGACGAUGUAUGGCGGGUGGCCAAGACAAGGUUUCCCAAGAUCAAUCAUCAGGAAGUCUGGUCCACAUUCAAGUAUGCCUUUCGCAGCUACAUGGACGACCUGGAGAUAGGCAUUGUGAAUCCAUGGCCACGCCUGUGGUGGAAGACUUUCGAUCAGCUCAGAUUCCUUGUGAAUGUGCGCUAUCAUCCGCUGGAGCCGUACUACUAUAUAAUCCACAACAAGAUCAGGGAGGAGGUGAAGAGUUGCAGUAUUUAUGAAAAGAUGGUAGCACAGCGCUCGCAGACCAAGUUUUCGGGCAGUCAGGUGCGCAUUGACUGGGAAACAUUGCCCUGGGACACCGAAGAGGCCAAGCGUUUGCUGACGGGUAAACUGAGAGCUCCAUCUCCAGCCUCCGCUACGGCUCCUGGUUCACCUCAGUCGCCUCUUCGUACCCGUCCGACUUUUGAAGCUCCCAAAGGAUUUGACGACACGACAAUGCCUGAUGUUCAAAUCAAUGGGCAGCGGCAGUUGGCCACGGCAUUCCAUGCUUCCCCAAAACUGAAACGUACAACGGAGCGAAACCUGCCGAUGAUAUCAGGCUUUGAGGUGACCAGUACUCUGCGGCGAUAUCCCAACACCUACCGCCGAGUCAGCACCUUCGAGAAGCGCACUGCCUGGAUGCAAGUCUCCACAGAACUGAAUGCCACAGUGACUGAUUGCCGCUUGAGCAUGCAGCACGCGCUACGCGAAUCGCUUAUCCUGAAAAUCACUGAUCCAGAGAAGCAGUGCCAGAUGGGGCAGAACUAUUAUCGCCACAUGAAUGAGAUCUACAAGGAGGUGAUGCCAGAGACACAGCCCGUCAGUGCCGGCCAGCUGUUGGUGCGAACGCCCCAGCAGCUCAACCAGACACUGGCCGAACCACCCCCCAUGGACGAGGAGUUGACGAAAAACUUCAUGCCCGAAAUCUCACUAAGCAACUGCAGUCCCCGUCUGACGCUCAAGAACUGGUCCUAUGCCGUUGCCAAUUUCAGUCCUGAAAGCCAGGAAAAGCUGAUACAAAAGCUGUCCACUAUGUUUGCCAAACACGCGCAGGCAUCGAAAGAGGCGAAAGCCAGAAGAGAAUCCACCAAAAAAAAGAUUCAUCUUGUUUAAGUUAUUGCUACAGAGAGAGAGAGAGAGAGAGAUAGCCACAGUUACACCGUUUACCAUCGUUUCCAUAUAAUUUUUGGUUAUUUAUAGCACUGUAUCUAUGAGUUCUAUUUUCUAUGAAUUCUAAAAGUUAUCGAAAGUAAUGUUGGUUUAUUAGAUGUUCGUACAUCCAUCUUCGAAUGAUAGGAAUGUAUCUAUGAGUUCUAUUUUUUAUGAAUUCUAAAAGUUAUCGAAAUUAAUGUUUGUUUAUAAGAUGAUCGUACAUCCAUCUUCGAUGGAUAGCAAUGCAUCUAUGAGUUCUAUUUUCUAUGAAUUCUAAAAUUUAUCGAAAUUAAUGUUUGUUUAUAAGAUGAUCGUGUGUAUCUAUGAGUUCUAUUUUCUAUGAAUUCUAUAAGUUAUCAAAAGUAAUGUUUGUUUAUAAGAUGUUCGUACUUCCAUCUCCGAUGGAUAGCAAUG